AUGACCGACUACACCGAUAACGCCGGAACCACCUACGGGAACACCAACACCUAUGACACGACAGGCGCUACGACGGGUUACGGUACCACGGGAACCACCUAUGACAACACAGGCUACGGCGGCACAACCGGCUAUGGCACCACGGACACUGGCACGACCGGCACGACCGGUACGACAGGCUAUGGCACCACUGCUGGGACCACAGGCUACGGCACCAGGGGCUACGGCACCACCGCUGGCACAUACGGCACCACCUACGACAACGGCUACGGCACGACCGCCUAUGAUCCCAGCACUGGAGCAUACGACCAGCACAUGGACUACCGUACCGAUGGCUCGACGCGACAUCACCGUGAGAGAGUAAACCCCAGCGGCACAUAUCGACACCGCGAUGUCGAUCGCCGCGAUGACGGCACCACCCGUGUCCAUAGGGAAUAUGACAACCCUAAUACCGGGACCAGCUACCACCGGGACUAUGAGCGAUAGAGAUUCGGAGGGUAAGGGGAUAAGGAGGAUAGCGAAUGGGAGGAAUGGAGAUGGAUUUUGGCACACGCUGGCAGUACAUAGGGAGGAUUGAUUGCAUCUGGGUAUAUAUGCAUUUGCUGUGGAGGACUUGAAAACUAAAGAAAAUUUUGGGGUUUCAAAACAGAAAAAAAAGUUGAAAAAGUGAUUGGAAAAACACAAAAAAAAAUCUGUUUUUGUUGUUUGUUUAUUUCUUUUUGUCUUGUUGUUUUAGCGAUAUAGAAAAUAUUACGAUCGUUAUGAACCCCAACCUUGAAACGUUAACG